AUGGUAGCAGGAGGACCACUUGAUAAGAACAAAGAUGAUUCAGUAGUUCAUGGUCAAACUAACCAAGGAAUGGACAGCAAAAAUGGACUGCCCACUCAUAAGAUAUCAAAUGUACCCAUCUCACCAUCACCACAGGAAGAGGACAAAACUUUACGUUCCUGGAUGAAUUUAGAGAAGAUGUUAGGCGAAGCGAUAGCUAAGGUUGUUCUAAAGCUCUUUCCGACACUAAUACGUGUAGGUUUAGAAACAAAACUUUCUAACCAGUGUCGAAACAGCAUGCUGAAGACUGUUCUAGGAAUACGACAUUUAAAGCCAUGGGCAUUCAAAAUGCUUGAUGCGUCAGGUAAACCUAGCGGUGGACUGCUCAGUGGAACGCUGACAUCAUUUGGGUCAUACGAUGAAUGCAUAAAUGUCAUUGUCAACGAAUGGAACAAAGUUUCGAACAAGACUGAAGUGUAUUUUACAGGCCAAUACUGCACUGUGGAUAUUAGGCCUCCACUUCCUCCGAAACCUCAUUACUACACAGUUCACCACAGGUUGGAAAUGUUCGAAAACUCGUCAGACUCCUUCAAGAUUCUGGCAGAUGUCAGCAACAGAGCUCAUGUUUUCUAUUUUCUGUCGCUACGAUUGGGACUCUGUAUUCCAUCAACAUGUUCAGCAAGAGAUCUGGAACAAUUUGCCCAAAAACUGGUAGAAGAUUAUGGAUUUUUAGUGUCUGUUGCUCACUGUGAAAUAUAUGAACCUAUGCACGUGAACAAUGCACAAAUUGCAGUGAUCUCCGUGAUCAGUCUUAUCGCUUUCUUUGUCUUCGCUGCUACGAUCUUCGAUAUUCUUUGCCGAUUUUGUUUUGGCAAAAAAGCUAAAGAAAACAAAAAACCUCCAGGUGCUUUUAAAAAAAUCGUUCUGGCUUUUUCUGCGUACACCAACAUCGGGAAGCUUUUGGACACCAGAACAUCAUUGGAAGGCCUACUAUCUCUUCACGGAAUUCGGUUUGUUAGUAUGGUAUGGAUUAUCUGUGGUAAUAUCUUCCUCAGCAUGAAGUACCAAAUCUUUCGUCAACUUAUCAGAGCUAUAGCUGUUUCUGAAAGCUUUGCCUUCCAGCCAUUUUUGAGUUGCACUUUAGCACUGGACACGUUCUUUUUUAUCAGUGGUUUCCUAGCAACAUACACAGUAUUAAGGCGAGAAACUCCAGUGAAAGCUUUUUCUAAUCCACUGCUAUUGUUUGUUCAUCGUAUCUACAGAUUGAUACCUGCGCACAUGGUCGUGGUGGCGCUGACGGUUCUCUUUCCUCUUAUCGGAGGAGGACCCGUAUGGUCUGAAAUCCUUGACCCCUUAAUCACUAACUGUCGUGAACGUUGGUGGACGAAUUUGCUGUUUGUCAACAACUUUGUUGUCAGUGCUGAAGAUAGGUGCUUGGAGCAUUCUUGGUAUGUGUCUUGUGAAGCCCAACUCUUAUUCGUUGCAGUUGGCAUCAUUUUGCUUCUCAAAAGUAUAAGACAACACAUCUGUCCAGAGCUUGGAGCUGUAGCUUGUGGAGUUUUAUUGUCAUGGAGUGUGGAACAUUACCUCUGUCCAGAGCUUGGAGCUGUAGCUUGUAGAGUUUUAUUGUCAUGGAGUGUGGAACAUUACCUCUGUCCAGAACUUGGAGCUCUUGCUUGUGAAGUUUUUAUUGUCGUGAAGUUGGGACAAUACCUCUGUUGA